CACUGACCCAGGUUGCCUAGCACAGGCUGGGAUGGAUGAGAGCAAGAGAAAGAGAGCUUGCAAGGUUUCCCCCCGCUUGCAUAUAUCGCCUGAACCGAACUACGUUGCACCACUUUCCUGCAGAAUAGAGGAAGCAAGAGGUGAAGGACAUCACCAUGGCUUCGGAGCCAUCCACACUGGAGCUUCCUCUGGUUCAGGACAUCCAGCUGACCCAGUGCAUGAGGCUCAGAGUACGAAGCCUCCAACAGAAGAAGGAGAAGCCACAGGAUGGAGAGAAACUUCUCCAAGCUGAUGAAUUUGUCUACCGGCUGGACUUCUCCCAGCAACAUGGCCUCCGUUUCCUGCGCUGGAAGGUCACUCUGGAGAAACCAGGCAAAGUGGCCAUAAUUGGCACCUCUCAGCUCUGGACACCGGAUCUCACCAACCUCAUGCGGAGGCAGCUCCUGGAGCCAGUGGCCGUUUUCUGGAAAAAGCCAGGCUCCCAAGAAGUGGAAUGCAAUGAGGCCGAUGCACUGGAAUUUGGAGAGCGGCUGGUGGAGUUGGCCAAAAUCCGGAAGGUGAUGUAUUUCCUCCUGGCCUAUGCGGAUGGCCUCGAACCGGCUCACCUGAAAUGCUCAGUGGUGUUCAGUGCCUGAAUCUGGAUCUGUCUUGCACAUCUUUCAUGCUUCCGUCUUCUACUUUGGGCAUCUGAAUCUGGUUUUGGCACCAAUGAGCAUGGUUUUAGUUUGGACUAUAAAGUAGCUAUUCCAGGGUCCUGAACUCAUCCAAACUUGGGCAAACUUUUGUAUUUGUUUCUUGCUUCCAUCUUCAGCCUUCUGCUUUUCUACUUUUCCCUUGAAUCUAGUUGUGGCACACAAUAUCUCCGAUGUCUGUUGGAAGCCGGUGAAUCCUGUCGAGGUGUUUGUCUCAACUAUAAAGCAGUUUAUCCAAUGUUUUGAACUAAUGCAAACUUUGGCAA